UAAGGCAAGAUCGGAAAACUUCCACAUUUUUCAAUUUUCACUUUUAUACAUUUUCUGUCUAUGGCUUGUCCUCCGCGAUGAUGUCAUCAUUGUCAUGCAUCGAAGGUCCUUUGCAUUUGCUGAUUAGUAGCUCAUAGUUUCUCGUAGACACUUUUCUCAUAGCUGGUAGACGGUAGUUGUCGACAAACAUCGGGAGAAUUACCAGGUUUCGGGCGCAAAGCAUACGAGUGGCAGUGAAACCAGGAAUCUUCAGCUGCCUGGUCCAGUUUGGUGAAGUCUCGCUGAACAGUGCAACAGCUUGGAAAGCCGUUGGAAGUUUGGAACAUUCAUACAAGCAUUUCUAAAGUAAAAUGUUUGGAACAGCCGGGGGUUUCGGAACCGGUUCGGGGUUGUUCGGGACUUCUGCGAACUCCUCACUGACGACGGCUACAGCAGCGAAGGAUUACGAGUUACCAGCGCCGCCGGACGACACGGUGCAGGCGUUGCGCUUCAGCCCACCAUCCAUCCAGCAGAACUAUUUGGCGGCUGGUAGUUGGGAUGGGUUGGUGCGCGUCUGGGAGGUGAACAUUCCCCCUUUAACGGUUAACCAGUUCGGAGCUGCGCCGACGAGCAUCAACGUACAGGCGCUACCCAAGGCUCAGCAGAGCGCUGGCGGACCCGUUCUUGAUCUGUGCUACAGUGAUGAUGGAAGUAAGAUAUUUUUCGGAUCCACGGACAAGACUGUGAAGAUGUGGGACCUGGCAUCGAACCAAGUGACGCAGAUUGGCGCGCACGACAACGCCGUCAAAUCAGUCCAUUUCGUGCAGGCUCCCACGUACCAGUGCGUGAUGACGGGAAGUUGGGACAAAACGCUGAAGUUUUGGGAUGCGCGUCAACCAAAUCCUGUUGGUACGCUGCAGCUGCCGGAUCGUCUUUACGCUGCUGAUGUGUAUUAUCCUAUGGCGGUUGCUUGCACCGCCGGGAAACAAUGUGUGGUUUAUCAGCUGGAUAACCAACCGCGCGAAUGGAAGAAAUUGGAGAUCAAUCUGAAGAAUAUGCUGCGAUGCGUUUCCAUUUGCGUUGACAAGAAAACCAACCAGCCCACUGGUUUUGCUGUGGGAAGCGUUGAAGGACGUGUGGCUAUUCAGUAUUUGAACCCCUCGAAUCCGAAAGAUAACUUCACUUUCAAAUGUCAUCGUGUGGAACAAGCAUCCAACGUUCAGGAAAUCUAUCCGGUUAAUGAUCUGGCCUUUCAUCCGGUCCACGGAACGCUGGCCACGGUCGGUGGGGAUUGUCGAUAUAGCUACUGGGAUAAAGAUUCGCGCGUUAAAUUAAAGGGAUCGGAAAAAUGCGCGCAAUCCAUCACACGCUGCUGUUUCAGUGCGCGAGGAGAAGUGUUUGGCUAUGCUGUCGGUUAUGACUGGGGUCAAGGCCAUGAAUAUAGCAAUCCAAAUAAAAAGCCCCAAGUUUUCCUCAACUAUGACUACGAAAACAUGAAGCCACGCAAGAAAACUUGAAAUAAUGCGACCUGGCGUUGCAGCAUACGGUGAAUCCGUUAUUUUCUCGCAUUCUUAAUUGUUUUGUAUAUUUUUCUGGUCUGUAGCGAAUAUUCCUGAGAAUAUUCCUAUUUUUUACGGACAUAUUCCCUUCUGCGAUGUCAAGAUAAUUAUGAUUCAAGCGUUGAUCAUUUGAAAAUGGAGAAAUCCGAAAUUUCUAUUAAAAAGAACAAUGCUUCUGAUACUCGAUCCGAUACUCAUGCGG